AUGAUGGACGAUUGUGUCAACUUGAUGAAUGAAGUCGUGGAGGCUAAGGCGCAGUCCGGAGAAGGAUUCGACAUUUACUCAAAUUUCCAGGCCCUCACCUUGGAUGUUAUUGGACGCUGCGCCCUUGCCAUGAAUAUCGACUGUCAAACCAACAAAGAUGCUCCGUUGGAAGCCAUCAUAUUUCCGUUGUAUCAACUUUUUUCACGUGGACCCAAGAUCGAAAGGAUCCUUUGUGAAAAUAUUUUGAAGGUGAUGAAAACGCGACGUCAAAACCCGGAGGCUUACAACACUGUGACUGAUGUUCUGCAGUUACUCCUGCAGUCUCAAACAGACAGCAGUUUUACGUCUGCGACUGAUGUACAGGAUGGAGAUCCUUUUAAAGCUGGAGGGGACAUUUUAAAUGAAGCAUCUGGCAAAGUGGAUUCUGAGAAAGAUGACGUGGCGAAAUUAACAGACGAAGAGAUUGCCGUGAAUGCGUGGAUGUUUCUUUUGGCUGGAUAUGAAACCACAUCGACCACUCUUGCUUUCACGAUGUUCCACUUGGCGAAGCACCCUGAAAUUCAAGAAGAAAUUCGGAUGGAAAUUCGUCAAGUUACAGGUAUUGACAAUUUGAAAGAAGCGUCGAAGAGCAUCACUUACGGACUUCUCAGCAAAAUGGAAUAUUUGGAGAAAGUCAUGGAUGAGAGCAUGAGGAUAAACCCAUCGGUAGUCAUGUUUGUUUCACGAAGAAGCGCUCAAGAUUACCCCAUUCCUGGAUAUCAAGGCAUGGUGGUUCCGAAAGAUGCAGUUGUCGAAGUUCCGGUGUGGCAGAUACAUCAUGACCCUGAACUUUAUCCCGAUCCGGAAAAGUUUGACCCGGAAAGAUUUACUCCGGAGGAGAAAGCUAAACGACACCCGAUGGCGUUCCUUCCUUUUGGAGCUGGUCCUCGAAUAUGCAUAGGGUUGAGAUUUGCAGUUCUGGAGAUAAAACUGUGCCUUGCGAAGCUACUGGCUGAAUAUUCAUUUGUCCCAGAUCCAGAAAAAUUUAAGGAUCCUUUGCCGACCGAGUUGCGUUUCGCCAUUAUGUACCCGUCCGAAGGGACAAUGUUCUGGUUGACGUUCCCUUUCAUCUUGGCUGUUUUUGCUGCCAUAGUUUCGUGGCAAGUACUCUCGAGGGCCGGCCACCUUGUUCAGGAAGAUUGGAUCAAGAAGUAUGGGAAAGUUUUUGGGAAAUACAAUGGAUUGCGGAAGCGCGUUGUGAUCGGAGACCUUGACGUGAUUCAACAAAUCCUCGUCAAAGAUUUUCAAGUUUUCACGAAUCGUCCCAUAUUGGGAAGAACUAAAAUGCUGGUCAACUUGACUAAUGAACGUUGGAAGGGUGUACGAAAAAUCUUGAGUCCGACGUUCUCCAGCCGGAAGCUCAAGAAGAUUUACGAAAUGAUGGACGAUUGUGUCAACUUGAUGAAUGAAGUCGUGGAGGCUAAGGCGCAGUCCGGAGAAGGAUUCGACAUUUACUCAAAUUUCCAGGCCCUCACCUUGGAUGUUAUUGGACGCUGCGCCCUUGCCAUGAAUAUCGACUGUCAAACCAACAAAGAUGCUCCGUUGGAAGCCAUCAUAUUUCCGUUGUAUCAACUUUUUUCACGUGGACCCAAGAUCGAAAGGAUCCUUUGUGAAAAUAUUUUGAAGGUGAUGAAAACGCGACGUCAAAACCCGGAGGCCCUCACCUUGGAUGUUAUUGGACGCUGCGCCCUUGCCAUGAAUAUCGACUGUCAAACCAACAAAGAUGUUUGUAUCUCCAUGCGAAAAUCUUUGGACGGAGCGUUGGAAGCCAUCAUAUUUCCGUUGUAUCAACUUUUUUCGCGUGGACCCAAGAUCGAAAGAAUCAUUUGUGAAAAUAUUUUGAAGGUGAUGAAAACGCGACGUCAAAACCCGGAGAAAAUGUUCUGGUUGGCGUUCCCUUUCAUCUUGGCUGUUUUUGCUGCCAUAGUUUCGUGGCAAGUACUCUCGAGGGUUGGAAAUGUCACGUUUUCCCUCAACGAGCGGGGAAAGAUGCGUGUUGGAGGAACCAUGGCGAAUUUUGCGAUUCAUGCGAUUUCUAAGUGCUGCUUUGGGGAGAUGAGCGCCUCCAACACUGCCGACAUUGUAAAAUCUUACGAUAUUGUAAUGGACGGAUUAAACGAACAAGCAUCAAGUGAAGGAUUUGACUCCGCUUUGGAAACGCUAAAAGGUUGCGUGAAGGAACUGGUGGAAAACAGGCUAGAAUCUCAUACGAAAGAUGGACUACUUGUCCUUAAAGCAAGCGACGAUGACAAAAUAUUUAUUGAUGCCAUCAUCGAAACAUGGGCGAAUGAAGUGGAUAAUGGAAAUAUUGAUAGUGUUCAUUGUAUGGAAUUUAUCCAGGCGGAUACCAUAAGUUAUUUCAUCGGCGGAUUUCAUACCACGGCAUAUAUGUUGACAUGGUGCCUCUAUUUUUUGGCGAAACACGCCGAAGUUCAGAGGAGAGUGCGUGACGAACUGGCUGAGCUGAUAGGAGAUGGCUCCUUGUCUUGCCGGAACUAUUCUGGGUUGAAAUACUGCCGAGCAGUGCUGGACGAAACGCUUCGUUGUGCAAAAGUUGCCCCAUUCGCUGCUCGAUGCAGUGAAGAUGAACAAAUCCUCGGGGGUUAUAAAAUACCCCCUGGAACACCAGUAAUACAAGCUAUUGGUGUCAGUAUGGACGAUCCGCAAUUUUUUCCUCGACCGUCUGAGUUUUCUUACAUGGAAGCGUUGGUCGUGCUGUACAUGAUCAUUGGAAGAUACCAGAUCCGUUUAGCAGAUACGAAUUGGGAGGCCGUUCCGAAGUUCGGCUUUGUGACCAAGUUGAGGGAGGAUUUCGAUAUCCUACUGGAAGAUAUGUCAAUGAAAGAAGACUAG